AUGACAGUCAUCACUUAUUCAAGCGCUGCUGGAAGGCUUCCGAAAGAAAUCCAGGUUCUUGAAGAUCCCUCUACCUCCGGGAAUGUUCCAGAACCCCUGUCCGAGAUUGUAGAACCUCGGACCAUGCUGGGACCCUCAGAGAAUCCCAUUGCAGGAUUUUGUGGGGUCAAAGGCCAGAGUUGGACUAAAGAGAAGGAAGAUCAGAAAACAGGGGGAGGAGCAAAGAGAGGAAAUUUGCAAAGGAAGAGACAAACAUGGGGGAGAGGAGUUGGGAGAGAGAGGAUGAAGAGACAAGGGAGAGAGGACCUGUGCAACUUAUGGAAGAGGGUAAUUAGAAAUGAUUCAAAAGGAAGUGGGCAAAGCAGGAGAAAAGGAAAGGACAAGAGCCAGACAGAUGUCUCAGGGACUCUGUCAGCUGCAGAAACAGAGGGUGAGAUCAAGCAAUGGGAGAAAAUGAUGAGAAAAAGAAAGAGCUGGCCUGUCUUUCUGUGGCUGUUCCUCCUGAAAAAGAUGACUGAAGAAAAGGUGAAGAGAGAGAGAAACGUCAUGGGGCUGAGGCGCCAUCAUAUUUUCCUGUGGCUGACUCUCCUUUUCUUCAGCCUAUGUCUAAAACCUGCUUCAUCACAGGGUAAUUUUCCGCAAAUGGAGAACAUUGCUGCCUUCAAACCCAUUUCCACCUCUCCCCCUCGAUCCACCUGUGGAGUUCCAGAGCGGAGCAGCUACUGUCAGUCACCAUCCUCAAAGACUGAGCUACUGACAUGUUAUCAGGCCCUCUGUAUCCAAGAAUGUCCCUAUAGAUCCUCCACACCUCCAUAUGCCCCAUUGCUGUUACGUGCACACAGGGGUACUUGUGUAACUGAAGACAGUAAUUACACUCAUCUUGGGACUCGGACAGAGACUGGAACAUCUUCUGGUGGAUCUAGCAGUAUGCUGUUUCGGCCAGUGCCGGAAGGAUGUCUGGUCUCUCCCCCUUCACAGAAACUAGGAGCAUUGGGUUCGCUCACCUUGGCAUUGUGGAUAAAACCAAGCUCUCCUGGAGAGAUGAUGCUGCUAGAGAAGAACUUAGGAGAGCGGCUGGUUUUUUCUGUGACAGUAUCUGAGAAGGCAGUCACCCUGCGGUAUGUUCAGUCCAGAAGUCAGACUACUCUGAUUGUCAGCUUCAGAACCGAGGGAAGGCUUGCACUAGAGAGGUGGACACACCUUGUUUUGCAGGUCCAUGACAGACGUGUGAGUCUAUUCCUGGAUGGGCUUGAGGAGGAUGGGACACCAUUUGACACAAGACCUCUGACUGCAAGACUCUUUGAUAUCAGCGAGGAUGGUGCCAUGUGGGUGGGACUCAGCUCUAACGGGUCUAAUCAGUUCAUUGGGUGGAUGCAGGACUUUAGAUUUUAUCCCGCCACUCUGACCAACAGGGAAAUAGUGGAGUUGUACUCAGGAGUCCUGCCUGAGCUCCAUGCCCAGUCAGAGUGUCGCUGUCCUCCCAGUCACCCCAGAGUACAUCCUUUAGUUGAGAGAUAUUGCAUUCCCAAUGCUGUGGAGGACACCACCAAUGACAGAGUCUUGAGACUGAACCUUAAUGCCCAUCCACUCAGUUAUGUCAAUGAUCAGGACAUGGGCACCACAUGGCUUUCUAAGAUCAUGACCACACAGGAAUUGGAUAAAGGAGUCACAAUUACAGUGGAUUUGACGAAUGGACAAUACCAGGUAUUCUACGUUAUAAUUCAGUUUGGCGGCCUCUUGCCUGAAUCAGCUCUGAUCCAAAGGCGGAGGCUUAACCUCACAGAACAUGAGAGUAGAACCACCACAGAACAGCCCUGGUUAGACUGGCAGUACAUGGCUAGAAACUGCAGUGUGUUUGAAAUGCAGAACAAUGGACCUUUACUGAGACCAGACUCUGUCAACUGUCUGCAGCUACCCAGCGAUGUGCCCUUCUCAGGAGGUAACAUCACAUUCAGCCUGCUGACCCCUCAGCCAAACCUGAGGCCAGGCUAUAAUGACUUCUACAACACUCCUGCCCUGCAGAAGAUGGUACAUGCCACCCAGGUCAGGAUACAUCUGAGUGGACAAUACCACACCAGAGUAGCUGGGGUGAACCAGCGGCACAAAUACUAUGCUAUCAAUGAGAUCACCAUCAGUGGCAGAUGUGAGUGUCACGGCCAUGCAGACCAUUGUGAUACCAGUGUUACACCUUAUCGCUGUCUGUGUCUGCCUGAGAGCCACGCAGAGGGAAACAAUUGUCAGCAUUGUGCGCCCCUCUACAAUGACAAACCGUUCAGGUCAGGUGACCAGCUCCAGCCUAUGAACUGCCGGCCUUGUCACUGUCACGGCCACGCUCUCUCCUGCCAUUAUGAUGUCAGAGCCGAUGACCAACCAGAUGAGCACUAUCGAGGAGGAGGAGGCGUCUGUGACAACUGCACGCACAACACCACUGGUAAGAACUGUGAGCUGUGUAUAAGUGGAUUUUUCAGGCUUGAGGAAUCUGAUCCUACUUCAGUUGAUGUGUGUCGGCCAUGUAACUGUCAUACUGCUGGGACAGUCAGUGGCAGCAUGGAGUGUGCCCAGGUAGGAGGUCAGUGUCAGUGUAAGGUUGCGGCAACAGGACGUCGCUGCGCAGACUGUUUGCCUGGUUGGUAUGGUCUUAAAGCCUCCGAUCCAAAUGGCUGCAUCCGCUGUAAGUGCAGUGAUAUUGGCAUCAUCAGCAUGUCGACAGCAGCAAUUCCCAGCUGCAACCAGGACACGGGACAGUGCCAGUGUAAACCCCAUGUUACAGGUCUUUCUUGUGACCGCUGUGAGUUUGGUUAUUGGAACCUGUCCCACCCAGAUGGCUGCAUCCCAUGUGACUGCGACCCCAUGGGUUCCCUCAGCCAGUUCUGUGAGCCUGAGGGGGGGCAGUGUGAGUGCAAGCCUGGGGUGGGGGGGCAGCGCUGCCACUCAUGUGCCAGUGGUUCGUACGGUUUGAGACUGGAGGGAUCUUGUGCUCCCUGCAACUGCUCACAUGAGGGGACUAUAUCUGGAACAGACUGUGAUCCUCACACAGGACAGUGUGUGUGUAAGGAACACGUGAAAGGCCGCCACUGUGACACUUGUCAUCAUGGUUUCCACACCCUGGAGCAUCGAAACUCCCUGGGCUGUCUGCCGUGUGUGUGUGACAUCAGUGGCACUGUGCCAGAGGGUACAUGUGAUAUGCGGACCGGACAAUGUCCAUGCCGAGAGGGGGUGGAGGGAGCACAGUGCACCAACUGUGCCCACAACUACUACAACAGGAGUUUAGACCUACAGAAGGGGUUGUCCCAGGGUUGUGUACCAUGUAUCUGUGACCCCAGAGGAACAGUGGUGGGGACCAUCUGUGAUAGCACUACAGGGCAAUGUGUUUGUGUCCCUACUCGCUAUGGACAGGACUGUAGUAGCUGCCGACCAGGCUUCUACCUCUCCCCAAAUCAGAGUGUGUGUGUGGAGUGUGACUGCCAUCCCAUGGGAGCAUCGCAGCGUGGUUGUGAGAGCCAGACCGGACAGUGUGUGUGUGCCCAUCCGUCAGUGGGAGGGCGGCGCUGUGACCAGUGUCGUGAGAUGUUCUUUGGAUUCAACCCUGGCCUGGGCAGGUGCCAGCCUUGUGCAUGUGACCCAGUGGGCAGUGUAAAUGGUUCAUGUCAUCCAGACUCAGGGGUGUGUGUGUGUAAGCUGCUGGUAACAGGAGUCAAGUGUGAUGUAUGUCAACCUGGAGCAAGUCAUUUUAACCCUGCGAACCACUUUGGCUGCAGUAAAGCGCCCUCUCAGCAGCCUGCACCAGUUGGUUUUCCUUACAGUUCUUCUUCCAUUCAUCUCUCCUGGUAUCCGCCUGACUCCCCAAAUUCAAAUAGACUCAACUACACACUAAUCAGAGAUGGACAGUCAGUGCAUAGCAUCCAAAGUGUCUAUCCUUUCAGCCGUGGAUCAUUUGAAGACACCGGUUUGUCUCCCUACACCAACUACUCUUACUGGCUUAUAACAGCUAAUGUGGCUGGUGUGACAAUAAGUGCAUCGGCCUCAUACCAAACCUUAGGUGCACCACCUGAAGCAGACCAGCUCCGUUUAAACCUUGUGGGACGACCAGGUUCAACCACAGCUAGCUUUAACUGGAGCACACCACGAAAUGAUACAGGCCCAGUGGUAAGGUUUGUGUUAUCCUCCACUGAGUCAUCUAGGCAAGAACCCAUCAUUCACUACACAGGCUUAUCUACAGAGGCGGUGGCAAGUGAUCUAAAGCCCUUCACCCAAUAUAUUGUAAUACUGGAGGCGUGCUCUUCUGGGGGGUGUACUUCUACCCAACCACUGUCUCUUCUGACAGCCUCUGCCCCCCCACAAAACCAACCUCCACCCAGAGUCACUGCUACAGGACCUCAUACACUGCAUGCUUCCUGGGAGCCCCCCAGCCAGCCAAAUGGUGUUAUAACAAGGUAUGAGGUCUUUCUACGUGGACCACUGGAAACACAAAACCUUUCAAGUAUGGCAGUUGAGAAGAAAGUGUUCUUCAGCUCUGGUUGGCUGGAUCCAAGUGCUUCCUUAGAAGCACAGCUGACCAACAGGAGCACACUGUCACCUCCUGAGAACAGUACGAUUAUAGCAGGUCUGCAAGCGUUUUCCACCUAUCAGAUGAGAGUUACAAGUAUCAAUGUGGCCGGAAGAGUUACAUCAGGGUGGACCACAGCACGCACCAUGGAGGGAGUCCCAGAGUUGAUGGCUCCUCCAGAAGUGUCUGCACUGUCAUCCUCCAGUCUCAAAGUUUCAUGGAGCUCAACUGAGGGUCAAGGGGUCAUCGCCAGAGGGCAGGUGACAGAAUAUUGGGUCAACUUGCUCACUGAGCAGACCAACAAUCCCUAUGCUCCUCCAGUGGUUAGUCAGGUCUUGCAUAGAGCCGGGCCAUCGUCACAGCCUGUUUAUAUAGUGAAAGGACUGAAGUCUUACCAUGUGUACAACUUCACUGUUACACUCUGCACAAAGAUAGGUUGCAUUACCAGUCUGCCAAGCACAGGACGGACCCUGCCAGCAGCUCCAACAGGACUGUCUCCACCUCGAUUAUAUCCAGUAAAUGGAACCAUGAUUCAGAUAGACUGGGACCCCCCAGUCCAACUCAAUGGACCACACCCACUAUAUCAGUUGGAGAGGACGGAUGUCUCUCUCUCUGACCCACACGUUCCUGUUGUGAGAGGAACCAGAUUCCCUGGGAACAGUUACUACCGGUUUCCCAGUGACACUCUUCCUGUCAACACUGACUUUACAGGUGUUGGAUUGAGUUUCAAAACUCGGUCCCCAGAUGGCCUGCUGCUCUGUGCUUUCUCUCCUGGAAAUCAAGAAGAGUUCCUGGCUGUUCAGAUCAAAAACGGACGGCCUUACUUUUUGUUCGACCCACAGGGCUCAGCGGUGGCUGUGAGUGUACAGGAUGAUGGAGGGCGACGCUACAAUGAUGGACAGUGGCACAGCAUCAUAGCAACAAGGCGAGGGGCCGUGGGAACACUCGUUGUAAACAAUCAAUACAAAGGAAGUGCAUCAGCUUCCAGCGGCAGCACCAUUAUUGGUGAGAACACGGGGGUGUUCAUUGGAGGACUGCCUGAAAACUUCACUCUGCUAAGAGAGGAUUCAGGUGAUACCCGGCUGGUGAAACCGAGUUUCUCUGGUUGCCUUAAAGACGUGAGUUUUAAAGUGACUGACAGUCCCUCUGAAGAAUGGAGCUCUCUGGACUGGACAAAAGCCACAAAGAAGGUGGAGGUGUAUGAAAACUGGGAGGGAUGUCCUAUUCAAACUGUGGAUGGAGCCCAUUUUCUGGGUCAUGGUUACUUGGAGCUGGGCAGAGAUGUAUUCAGUGGAGGACAGGACUUUCAUAUUUCCAUGGAUUUCAGAACAGACCAGCUGAAUGCACUUUUAUUCUUUACAUACAGCACACAAACUGAAGACUACAUGCUGGUGGAGCUGGAGGCUGGUCUCCUGUCCUUCAUUCUUGCCUCUGAAGGUCAUGUGACUGAACUCAGUAUGUGGGUCGGGCUUAGCUACUGCGAUGGGGACUGGAAACAGUUGUCAUUUGCAAAACGCGGCUCACUCAUUUCUGCCGCAGUCAAUGACUGGGCAGAAGAGACAAGGGGAGGAGGAGCAGUGAGGUUGAGAGUUGACUCCCCCUUAUACUUGGGGGGUGUGCCCAUGGACCUCAUACAUCCUGCUCUGGACAGCCGAAGUCACAAACACGGCCUAGGAGGUUGCAUAAGGGAUCUGAACAUAAGAAGUGAUGAAACAAACCCUUCUGCCCGUCAAAGUAUUAAUCUCUCUGUUGCCUCGCGCCGUUCUGUUAGAGUCUACUUAGAUGGCUGCCCCACCGCUGAAAGCCGGUUCAACUGCAGAGGAAAUGAUUCGGUGUUGGUGUAUAGUGGGAGAAAGACACAAGCCACAGAUUAUAGUCUACAGCCUUUCACUGAGUACUUGUACAGGUUUGUGGCCUUGGCUGCAGGAGGUUGGGCAGCAGGACCUUGGCAGAGGGGACGCAGCCGAGGCAGAGUACCCAGGGCUGUGCCACCUCCUACCACAGUGCAGAGCUUGAAUGGCUUCAGUGCCAGGGUGAGCUGGGCGCCACCCACUGGUGACAUCAGAGGGCUGAUUGACAGAUAUGAGUUGAAGGCCUACAAUAGUGACCAGCCAGAUGCAACACCCAUCAAGGCCAUUUACCUGGCUAAUGGAAAUUUCACAGGUGUGUUGUCAGGUCUCACACCCUCCACCAGAUACAUUGUCACUGUAAGCGCCUGUAGUCCUAUUGGCUGCACUGAGAGUCUUCGUCACGACAAUGGUGAUGAUAAUGAUUUAAGAUCGAGCCUCACGACACUGGAGGAAGCUCCAGAUACUGUCUCUCCUCCAGCUGCAGUCUCAUCCCCCUCAGAGCUCUACGUAACCUGGGAACCUCCAGCAAGGCCCAAUGGAGGCAUUACAGAGUACCUCCUCUAUCACAACAACCAAAUGGUCUACAGGGGGAAAGACAGACAACACAACAUCACUGGUCUUGGUGUGUACUCCACUCAUGUCUUGCUGCUGAGUGCGUGCACUUCAGUGGGCUGCACCAACAGUUCACAGGUUACAAUGGUGACCUCUCAGCUUCCUCCUGGGCCACUACAAGCACCAAAUCUUACCCUGCUGGACUCACGGACUAUUCUGGUGGAGUGGUCACAGCCCUCUCAGGUCAAUGGUGUUUUGGAGUUCUAUUCCAUCUUCCUGUCACGUGAUGGUGCACAGCCUCUGCUUGCCUAUAACAGCUCUGAACUUUUUGAAGACCACACGCUUCGCAACCUAACCCCUGGAACAACUUACACCAUCACACUGGCUGCCUGCACCGGUGGUGGGUGUACCUUAAGCCCUCCCAGCCAUGCUCAGACUGAGGAGAGCACCCCAGAGAAUGUUCCUGCACCGCUGGUCACCCCUUUGUCCCCAUAUGCACUCAAUGUCAGCUGGACACCUCCUGACACUCCAAAUGGCAUUAUAACCAGCUAUGGUCUCUGGCUGGAUGGAGUCCUCAUUUUAAACUCCAGUUCUUCCCAGAGGUUCUUUGUGAUGGAGGGACUCUCUCCAUGGAGCCGGCAUGUACUCAGGUUGCAGGCCUGUACUGCACAGGGCUGCGGCAAAGGACCAAUGAUUGAGGUGCGUACAUUAGAGAUGGCCCCUGAAGGGCCUAUACUGCUGGAACUGACCAAUCAGAGCUCUCGAUCACUACGAGCCCGCUGGACAGCCCCUCCUAGACCAAAUGGGAACCUCAGCUAUACAUUAUACUACAAAAGCAUAGAUGGUGAUGUUGUGUUAGAUGGAAGUACAGCAGCCGGCAGCUGGUUGUCUGUGACUGACCUACAGCCUUACACCAACUACAGCUUCUGGAUCAGAGGGUGUAACACACAGGGAUGUGUUGAGAGCCUGCCACUCAAUGUUACUACACCCCCAGCAGCCCCAGACGGGUUGUCAUCUCCAACGCUAGCACAUGCAGCCAGUGACAGUCUGAAUGUAUCCUGGUACCCUCCUGCCCACUCCAACGCACCAGGCCCACUCCGCUACAGCCUGCAAAUGAGGACAUCCCGACAGAGGCCAGUGAUAAGGCUUGUAGAAAAUGCAACAGACACCUUUUCUUAUCACGUAGAGGGCCUGUUGCCGUACACGCAGUACCUGUUUAGAGUAGUGGUUUCACACACACAUGGGCAGACAGCUGGACCCUGGGCAACCCUAAACACUGCAGAGGACAGUCCAGGACCAGUCGACAGCCCAACUGUAUCAGGGCUUCAUCCUCGAAGUGUAACAGUUACCUGGGUUCCUCCCUCACAACCAAAUGGCAUUAUCAGUAGUUAUACCCUCUAUCUUUGGCCCAGCUGUAUCUCUUCUUUUGAUUUCAAACCCAGCUCAGUCUCCAGCUCCAACACAACCCUCAGCUCCUGCUUAGGUCCUUCCUCAGGCCUACUGCCCAACACUGCACAUCUCAACUCUGGUCAUAGCCUCAGGCCAACAGCCAGUCUUACCUCCCCUGGCUCAAGCCACAUCCCCAUGUCUGCUUUCAACACGGGCACUAAUGGCAGCUCAAACACAAUCCAAGGCACUCGACCCAACCUUGUUCCUAAAUCUUUCUCGAGCUUGAAGCCUGUUAUUACAGAAGACAACCAUAUUGAGCCCACUCACCCAUUUCAAAGCCUGAUCUCCAGUUCCUUUAGUGAAGCUUCAGACUUAAAUGCAUUCCCUCUGUCAGUCACUGUUCCAGGGAACACGACUAGCUACACUUUCCUCGAUCUACUGCCAUACCACACCUACAGCCUCCAGCUGGAAGUGUGCACCAGUGUGGGUUGUUCGAUGUCUGGGAUGUCUCAACUGUUUCGUACCCUCCCGGCUCCGCCUGAAGGGGUUCCAGCACCUCACCUUUACUCCGACACACCCACCUCUGUUCUCUUGUCCUGGGGUGCACCAGUGUUGAGCAAUGGACCACUGGAUCGGUGGCUGAUUGAGCGUAGAGUUGCUGGGACCAAACAAGUCUCCACAGUGGGCCAUCUCCCACCAGAUUCUCCACCUCUUUCCUUUCUGGACUCUUCAUCAGCUCUCAGUCCCUGGACUAGCUACCAGUAUCGACUUGUGCUCCAUAACCAGGCUGGCAACACCGCAGGACCAUGGGUCAGCAUCACCACCAGACCUUCUCGGCCAGCUGGUCUCAGUCCACCAAGGGUGACGGUAUUGGGGCCGGAUUCAUUUCAAGUCACAUGGACUCCUCCUCUUAUUCCUAAUGGAGAAAUCCAUGGCUAUGAGAUCCGCCUCCCAGAACCCCGAAUCUUCCAUAACAGUGGCAACGCAUCUGAGCUCAACAUCAAAAUAACAGACCUUAUUCCAUACACAAACUACAGUGUUACUGUGUUGGCAUGUUCUAAGGGUGGUGGACAAGUCGGAGGAUGUACAGAAAGCCUGCCUACUCCAGCUACCACAUUACCCACAAGCCCUCAAGGCCUUGCACCACUGUCAGUUGUGGCAGUCAGUGAGUCUUUCCUGGCCAUUUCCUGGCAACCACCAAGCAGGCCUAAUGGACCUAACAUCAGAUACAAGUUGCUCAGACGUAAAACCCACCAGCCCCUGGCCAUCGCCACGGUCCCCACAGUAACAGCCACAUCCCCUCCCCCCUCUGAAGAUCUCCAUCGCUGGCUCCAUGUUUACUCCGGCACCAAAUUGUUCUACCAAGAUAAAGGCCUAAGCAGAUUCACUCGAUACGAGUAUCAGUUAGUGGUCCAUAAUGAUGUGGGCUACUCCUCAGGAGAGAUUGUUACUUCGGUGACCAUGGCAGGGGUUCCCCUCCACUCUCCAUCUCUGUCUGCCCACGCUAUCAAUCACACUGCAGUACAGGUCAACUGGACACAACCCUCUUUGCAAGACCUGCAGGGAGAAGUGGAAUCUUACUUUCUCACAGUAGAGUCUCGUCAGUCAAGUCAAAUCUUGACUUUACCCCCUGAGAUCAACUCCGCAGUGAUAUGUGACCUUUGGCCCAGUACCACAUAUCUAGUGUCAUUACAGGUGUUCAAUGGAGCACAUAAUACAACUAAGGCAAUAGUUAACGUCACCACUGAGGAUGGAGAGCCAGACGGGAUGUCCGCCGCAGAGGUGGUUCCAGUAGAUAGCAACACGGUGCGUGUGCUCUGGUUCCCUCCUCUACAGCCCAAUGGAGCAAUUACUGGUUACUACAUCUACGUUAAUGACCGUCUCCAUGGCAGUGUAGACAACAGCUCUGGGUCCCUCCUGCUGCGGGACCUACUGCCUUUCACUGUCUACAACGUACAGGUGGAGGUGUGUACUGUGUAUGCAUGUGUGAGAAGUAAUGUUACUCAGACAACUACUGUGGAGGAUCUACCUGCUGACCUGGGCACGCCACAUGCACAAGUGAUCAGUCCCAGGGUGGUGAGGUUGGACUGGUCCCUUCCAGGCAGACCCAGUGGCAUCAUGCUGGGUUACGAGGUUUUAAGACGGACCUUGAGGUCGUGUGCCAGUGGGUCAACAGGGGUCACAUCCUCUGUGGGGGAAGAGUCAGAAGGUGGAGGUGGUGUAAGGUUCAGAUGUUCCUACCUGCAGUGUCCUGUGAACCAUGGUGUGUGUGGGACAUCCUGCUUCAAUCCUGACAUACAGGUUUGCUGCAGUGGACUAUUGUACACUAAGAAGCCACAUCAUCAUUGCUGCGAGAGCAGUUACCUGAAUUUGAAUAAUUCGUCCAACCCGGUUUGCUGUAACGGCAAACUGCUCCCAGCUCUCCCUGACCACCAGUGCUGUGCAGAAUACUAUGUCCAUGUAAAAACCAGUGAUGAAUACUGCUGUCCUGACCACUCGCAGGGCCGGGUCUCAGUGGGGCUGGGUGACAGCUGCUGUGGGGGGGUUCCUUACUCCAUGAAAGGCGGCCAGCUCUGCUGUAGUGGGAGCCUUCGUGAUGGCUAUGGGGUCCAGUGCUGUGGAGGCUGGAUUGUAGACGAUACACUGGUGUGCUGCGGUGAUGCUGAGAGAGGGGAAGUGUAUAUAUAUACCCCAGGUUUUGCCUGCUGUGGGCAAGAGUAUAUAAACUCUUCAACCUCUCUUUGCUGUGUGGGCAAAGACGGGUAUCCCACAAUGCACCCUGCUGGCAAUGCCACUGUCACACUGCAGUGUUGUGGGUCAAAGGUCAUACAUCAAGAAGAAGAAUGCUGCAAUGGGAUUGGCUACGACCCUCAACGACACGUGUGUGCUGAUCGACCCACCCCUGGCUUGUCAAUGCAGCACCAGUGUCUGCAGGGUACCAUGUGUCCUGUAGCUGCAGCGUCUACAGCUUACUGUGGAUCCUGUGACCUCGAUCCAUCUAUGACCGCCUGCACAUGGGUCUUGUCUGCGCACACACACACUGACACACCCUCCACAAUGUACUCACCUGACAUCAGCACCACACAGGAAACUCUUACAACAGGCCUGUCUCCAGAUACAAACAGAAGUGAUAACACAUACGAAAUGGGAGACAUAUACCCUCACACACACACUGAGAACUUGCGAUAUGAGGGAAGCCUGUGCUCGUCACAUGAGGAAAUAGUGUACAGCGGAGAUGCCAGCAGAUUUACCUAUACAGACUCUAACCUGGAGCCCUUCACCACCUAUGAGUACAGAGUGAGGGGCUGGAACAGUUUUGGACGAGGCGCCAGUGAUUUUACAACAGUGACCACCAGUGAAGACAAACCAUGGGGUGUGGCACCGCCCCGCUGGAGUCGCCUUGGUGAACGAGAUGACAUCAUCCAGUUACAAUGGCAAGCACCUGCACGGCCUAAUGGGGACAUCACCCACUAUGUUAUACUGAGGGAUGGACAAGAGCGUUACCGUGGUGAUGAAAAUAGUUUCACUGAUGUGGGUGGGAUCAGGCCUUUUCAGGAAUACAGCUACCAGCUGAGGGUCUGUAACCGGGCUGGUUGCACAGACAGCACACAGGUGGUGGCAGUCACAGUCCAGGGUGUCCCAGAGGGUGUGCAGCCUCCAGUGGUAACAGCUUUAAGUCCCUCCUCCCUUCAUGUGAGCUGGUCUGAACCUACUCGUCCCAAUGGAAUCAUACAACAAUACCACUUGAACCAGACAGGUGUUGGAACCAUAGUAACGCACACUGAUGGACCCAGAAAUUACACUGUGACUGGUUUGCAGCCAUACACGGACUACAGUUUUGUGCUGGUGGCCUGUACAGCUGUCGGAUGUGGAGCCAGUUUACCUUCCACAGGACACACCCUGCAAGCCUUCCCUGCUGGUGUAUGGUCAAGGCCCAGGCACCUGAUAAUAAACACAUCUGCGGUGGAGCUGUACUGGGAUCAGCCGUCCCAGCCUAAUGGACACAUCUCUCAGUACAGACUGAACAGAGACGGUCACACUAUUUUUACCGGAGACCACCGUGACCAGAAUUAUACCGACACUGGACUCCUGCCAAAUCGCAGGUAUGUGUAUGAGCUGGAGGCCACUACAGACGGUGGGACUGGUGUGAGUGACAAAUAUGUUAUACAAGCUCCAGUCUCAUGCCCUACUGGGAUCCCACCUCCCCACAAUGUGACAGUGUUAGGUCCCCAUUCCAUCUCUCUUGCCUGGACCCCUCCUGUUCAGUUCAAAAGCAGCCAGCCUGUAAACUACAACAUCUUGUUUAAUCCAGGAAGUGACAGAGCCAUAGUGCAUCAUGCUGGGCCAGACCUGCACCGCACUGUGACUGGUCUAGAGCCGUUCACUACCUACGACAUCAGAGUGCAGGCCUGUCAGAUUGAGGGGUGUGGAGUAGGAGAGGGUGUUUCAGUUCGAACUUUAGAGGCCGCUCCAGAAGGUCUGCUACCCCCCUCAGUAAAGGCAGCUGGAGCCAAUGUCCUGGAGAUCCACUGGUCACCCCCCAAAAAACCUAACGGACUCAUCACCUCCUACCAUGUAUACAGGCGUCCAGUAGGAACAGAGGAGGAGCUGCUGGUUUUCAUCUGGUCCAGUGGGCCACUUGAAUUUUUUGAUGCAAGCCCCAACCUGCAACCCUUCAGCUACUUCCAGUACAGGGUACGAGCCCACAACUCCAAAGGCUCAGUUCUGAGCCAAUGGGCUUUUGCCCAGACCUUACAAGCAGAACCACAAGAUAUGACCCCUCCCACUGUCACACCCACUGGUGCACACUCAGUCCAUCUGAAGUGGAGUGAACCAAGACAGCCCAAUGGUCUAAUUUCCAAUUAUAGACUGGUUUACAAGAAGCACCAACAGGACCCAACGCUCAACUCAACUGCUGUUACUGCUCUCACUGUGGAGGGUUCAGUCCUUGAAGCAACAGUCUUUGGCCUUGAACCAUAUGGUCAGUAUAGUCUUCAAGUGGAAGCUGUGAACAGGGCAGGCAGUGUGUCCAGUCCAUGGGUAGGCAUUAGGACCCUGGAGGCUUCUCCGGCUGGCCUGGCUAACUUCACAGUGGAGCAGAGAGAGCAGGGCAGGGCGUUACUGCUUAGCUGGGAUCAGCCACAUGCUCCAAAUGGAGUCAUCACGAUGUAUAACUUGUACAGUGAAGGGAACCUGGAGUUCAGCGGUCUAUCCCGCAGCUUCCUGUUUCGUCGCUUGGAACCGUGGACUAGUUAUACUUUGACUCUUGAAGCUUGUACCUCAGCAGGCUGCACACACACCCCUCCUCAGCACAUCACCACAGCAGCAGCUCCACCUGCUUCCCAGCCUCCCCCCAGGCCUCUCUUCAUUGGCCCAGACAAUGUGUCACUUAGCUGGGGACCUCCUGCCCAGCCCAAUGGGCCAAUUGGAGAGUAUAUCUUACUUGGGAGAAGUCUGGAAGAAGUGGGGAUGGGAAGUAGUAAUGAAGAGGAUAUUGAAAGAGGAAAGGUGCUCUUCAGAGAAUCAUCCCCACAACAAACUGACACCUUCUCGUAUACAGUGCGUGGUUUGCGUCCCUGGACUCAGUAUGAGUUCAGUGUCCGUACUCACAACCCUGCUGGGCACACAAGCAGCCCCUGGGUAACUGUCACAACAAGACAGGCUCCCCCUCGUGGCCUAGCUCCUCCCACAGUGAGUCACCUCCAUGGCCGGCCCAGUGAGGUGUUGGUCUCUUGGACACCUCCUUUGGAGCCCAAUGGGGUACUUCAGUCUUACAGGAUUCAGAGAAACGGUGUCAGUUUCUCAUUUAGUUUUGACCCUACCGUCCUCAGCUACAUUGAUGAAGACCUCCUGCCAUUUUCUACAUACAGCUACUCAGUCAUAGCCUGUACAUCGGAGGGAUGCAUCACCAGCCCUCAUACAAACAUCACAACCUUAGAGGCUCCACCUGCCACAGUGGAAGCUCCCAGAGUGGACACUGCCACAGCUAAGAGUAUAAACAUUUCCUGGAAUAAACCCCUGACGCAGAAUGGAGAGGUUACAGAAUAUGUGCUGAGACUGAACAAUGAAGAGGUUUAUCGUGGGAGAGACCUUAAUGCAGUGGUGUCAGAUCUGCAGCCUCACACAUCAUAUCAGCUUGUUCUGUUGGCCUGUACCAGUGGUGGGUGCACCACCAGUGCCACAACGUCUGCUGUAACUGAGGAGGCUCCUCCCACUGGCCUGCGUGCCCCGACUCUUAAGGUCACUGGCCCAGAGUCAGUCGAGAUUACCUGGAGACCACCAGAGCAUCCUAAUGGCAACAUCACAGGGUACGAACUCUAUAGAGAUGGUGAGGUCAUCUAUGUUGGCACAGAGACACAUUACCACGACUUCACGCUUUUGCCAAGUGUGGAAUAUAGCUAUGUUGUCAGGUCCAACAACAGCAAAGGUGCAGUGAGCAGUGCUGCAGCCUCAGCAAAGACUCACCCGUCAGCUCCUUCUGGUGUUGGUCUCCCUACAUUGACGCCUCUGGGACCAAGCCAGGUGAGAGUGGAGUGGAGUUCUCCAGUCCGUCCCAAUGGAGACAUUGUGAGUUACACCGUGUAUCAAAGAGAUCCAGUCCAGCUCAACAUCACCAGCACUGUCUUCACUCCAAUGGAUAGUGCCUUUUCUGACCGACACACCACUCUGCUUGGGCUGGCUCCUUACCACAGGUAUGAGAUGCGGGUGGAGGCUUGCACAGCGCUGGGCUGUUCCUCCAGUGACUGGUCAUCUGUACUUACUCUGGAGGCUCCCCCUGCUGGACAGACAGCACCACUGUUAGACCUGCAGCCUGACGAACACACCGGCCUACAGACCACCUUCCUACUCACCUGGUCCCCUCCAGUUCAACCAAAUGGUAGAGUCCUGCAUUAUGAGGUGUACCGCAGACUGGACCAUACCACUGAUACCCACAGAGGCGAUGCAGCACUUGUCUACAGGAAUGUCUCCACUGUAUACAAAGACGAAGGACUCAAGCCGUACACUCUAUACCAGUAUCAGGUGUGGGCAGUGAAUUCAGCUGGUCAUACUGGCAGCCCAUGGGCCAAUGGGAGGACAGGAUCUGCCCCACCCAAGGGUGUAGGCCCACCUAUUUUCCUGCGUGUUUCAGCCACUUCAGCAGUGGUGGACAUCGCCCCUCCAGUUCGACCCAAUGGGAUUGUUAGCCUUUACAGAGUGUUCUCAGUGAACCACAACAACCUCACUCUGCUCUCAGAGGGUACAUCCCAUCAGCAGACACUCCAUGGUUUGCGUCCUUACACCCAGUACUGGGUAGUAGUAGAGGCCUGCACUUGUUAUCAGUGCUGUAGCCAGGGUCCACUAGGUGAGCUUCACACCCUGACUGCACCUCCAGCCCACCAGCCCCCUCCUCGUCCUGUUACCCUGACCUCCCGCUCUAUUCAGCUGGACUGGGACGAGCCUCUGGCACCUAAUGGAGUCAUUGAGAGCUGUGAGCUACAUCUCCGAUCAUCUUGCCCACAGCCCCCCCAGCCUGUACCUCUGCCUUGCGUUGAAGGAACAGUUGAAAUCUGUUUCUUUGGAAAAAGGCGAAGCUACAAUGUAACAGGUCUCCAACCAUACUCCACCUAUGAGCUGAGAGCUGCCUGCUUCAACAACAUGGGCAGCACUGCCUCCAACUGGACAACUGUUACUACACUCAGUGAAGCUCCAGAGUAUGUGUCUCCUUUCUCAGUGGGCAGUAAUCUGACAGUCAUUUGGCUGGACUGGGCCGCGUCCUUCUCCCUCAACGGAUACCUGAAGGAGUAUAGUGUCACUGAGAGCCAGCUGAGGGUCUAUACUGGCUUCUACAGCUAUCUCCAUAUUCCACGCAUCUCACAGAAAACUCUUUUAUUUCAGGUGACUUGUACCACAAACAGUGGCAGUGCCAGUACUCCCACCAUCAGAUACAGCCCUGCCACAGGCCUCGAUCCUCCUGAGCCUGAAGACAGUGGUACACAGGGUGUCAGCAUCUCAGCAACCCCAGUUUACUCUGAGCUGUGGUUCAUCCUGCUGUUAGCGUUGCUGGGUCUCUUUAUGCUAGCAAUACUGCUGGGCCUAGUGCUACAAAGAGCCCUGAGGAAGAAUCCAUCAGCCAGAGAGCGCCCUCCACUGGUCAUGCUUCAGAAGACCAGGAAGGCUGGGGGAGAGACAUACAUGGUGAGAGGGGCAGAGAAACAAGGCGCUCAGAGAAAGAGAGAGCCCUGUCCUGAGCUGUGCUCUAAACAUCACUCCAGCUGUGUGCUCCUCCCCGAUCGCCACACAGGACUGACAGACACAAAGAUAGUCGGCAGCAGCUCACGGUUCAGCCCCAUGUCUGUUGUGCGGGUCCCCAGCCAAACAGACCUCAGUCAAGCCUACUCCCAGCAUUCCCUGCACCGCAGUGUCAGUCAACUGAUUGACAGGAAGUCACUGAUGAUGGAGGAAGGAAGCUGGGACAACCCAGUGGGACAUGAUUCUGGGCUGUAUGUGGAGGAAGAUGAGUUUGUGGACGCCAUCAAGGCUUUAAGUUCUGUGAAAAGGGAACACACCAUGUUCACUGACACUCAUCUUUAA